AUGUUGCUCCCGCCCAGUCUGAGCUGGCUGAAGACUCUGUCCAAGUCGCCAACUGUUGGCCAGCUGAAGAAAGUAGCCCAGGCAUGCGGAGUCUCGAGCAAUGGCACCAAGCGAGUCGUCACUGACCGCAUCCUUGCAAGUCUCGCCGGCACCCGCGCCUUGUCCGCCGAUGACCGCAUACUGAGCAUCGACAUGGGCCUGCGGAACUUCGCCUUCUGCCUGCUCACACCAGCCACAAACCCCCGUCAAGGACAAGGUCUGAAGCCCAAGGAACCCAUCGUCCCUUCAUUGGGCGGCAGCGAAGGGGCGGCAGAGGUCAGGACACCUCCGCCGCUCAUGCUGCACGACUGGAAAGUCCUCGACUUGACCGAGGACAGCGUGGACAUCAAGAACAAUCAAGCCCUCAGCCCCGUCGCAGUGGACCUCGUAAACCGCCAUUUGCUUCCCCUGAAACCCACUCACAUCAUCAUAGAGCAGCAACGAUAUCGUUCCGCCGGAGCCGCGGCGGUGCUGGAGUGGACUCUACGUGUGAAUGCGCUCGAGGCGAUGCUGCACGCGAUCCUGACUGCGAUGCGAUCCCUGGAGCUGUGGAAGGGCGAGGUAACGGCCGUAGAUCCUCUGAAAGCCGCGCCCUUCUUCUUCGUUGAAGAUGGAAGAUUGCCGUCUAAGCAGCUCAAGAAAAUGAAGAUUGAUCUUCUGGGCAAAUGGAUCUCAACGAGGGAUACGAAGUUUUUGGAACUGGGGAGCCCACAUGUGACUAAAUUAGCCGACUCUUUCCUUGAGCACUGGAAGCCAGUAAAGGGGACUCGGGGAGGCAAAUCAAAAGCGACCGAGGGCAAUGGUGAAAAACACUUCAAAAAGCUUGACGAUCUCACAGACUGCGUAAUUCAAGGAGCAGCAUGGGCGAGCUGGCAGCAAACGAGGCAUAUACUGGCGCAAGAGGGAAUAGAAGAGAAACUGACAGGCCUGAUCGGGCGUAGAUAG